AUUCCAAAGCUAAUUGUUUAAAAAAUCUUAACUUAAAUACUUAUUGUCUUUAGAAGCAUAUAAAACCGGUCACUAUUUUCCCAGUCUGUAGCUGUUUCGCUAGUACAAACUCAUAGUAACUCAUAACGAAGUUGAACAAUGUUUCAAUACGCAAAAAUUAUUUUAGUUUCGUGUGGAUUAAGCUUGCUGAUUCAUUCCACUUUUGUUCAAAGUCAAGCUGUAUCAUCACAAUCUGCAUCUUCUUUGGGUGGUUUACCAGUGGGUACCGUAUCAAGGUUUGGUCUAAAUGGAAACAAUCAGUUCCUUACAUCUUUAGGUAACGCAAAAGUUGGCACCUCCGAGCGUCAAGUUCUUCCAUUCGUGCCAAUCCCUUGGUGGCUAACUGCACCUAACUUUUACUACAGACCAAGACCAAUUGCUGUUAGACCUAUAGCAUCCCGGCCAACAAUUGUUAGGCCAGGUUCCAGGCCAACCUCUGGAGUAAGUGGACGAGGAGGUGGUGGAAUAGUUGAAAAUAAUAACAGCCUCUUAGGAUUAGAUUUAGGAGGAUUGCUUGGAGGAUUAUUAGGUGGAGUUGGAGUAGGAGGAGGAAUUUUUGGUUAAAAAUUAAUUUCGAUUGGAGUUUACUGAUUAGGAAACAUACUGACAACGGAUUUAUAAUUUCAUCUACAACUUUGGAAACUUCUGUAAAAGAUUAUCAAUGUUUUUGUAGUUCAUUCAAACAAUAAAAUGUUCAUUUUUUGUGAUA